CUGUAUAUUUGAGAGCUUUAUUCCAGGCCGUUUACAACAGAUGCAGUUCUUCCUCUGUUAAGACUAUCACUCUUUACUCCAACUCUUACUCCAUACUCUAUCCAUCCAUCUAUCAACUCUCAAGACAGAUCGAAGCACCAAGCUUUUUAUGGGACAAUAAUUAACAAGUCUACCAAAAGAGAGAUACUAAGGGACGAUCUAGAUAAUAUCAAAUACACAAAUUUGUUGUGUUUCUGGUCAGGAGAGGAAGACUUGAAGAACAAGACUCUGACUGUUUGAGCUCCUGUCUGUGCUCUCAACCAGCAGUCAACAAUGGGGAAUGCCAAAAGCAGUGCUAUGUCUAAAGAGAUCCUGGAGGAUCUGAAACUUAAUACAAAAUUCUCAGAGAAUGAGCUGUCACAGUGGUAUGAGAAUUUUCAGAAGCAGUGUCCAUCAGGCCGUAUCGCACCAGAAGAGUUUAAAAAGAUCUACGAACGCUUCUUCCCAGAAAGUGACACGACAUCAUAUGCCCAGCAUGUCUUCCGCUCCUUUGAUACGAAUGAUGAUGGAACACUGGAUUUCAAGGAAUACAUUAUUGCUCUGCAUAUGACAUCAACUGGAAAGACAGAGCGUAAGCUGGAGUGGGCCUUCUCACUCUUUGAUGUUGACAAGAAUGGCUACAUCACCAAAGCAGAAGUGGGAGAAAUCUGCCAGGCUAUCUAUAAGCUGAUUCCUAAAGAGGAACAAGACAAGCUUCCAGCAGAUGAGAGCACUCCAGAGAAGAGAGCAGACAAGCUGUGGUCAUUCUUUAAUAAGAAAGAUAAUGACCGGUUGGCUGAGGGGGAGUUUAUUCAGGGCAUUCUUGACAAUGAAGAUGCUCUCCACCUCAUUCAGUAUGAGCCCCAGAAGUAGAAAAUGAAAACAAUGAAAUUAUAUAUUUGCUUUCACAUUGUUUCCUCUGGCCCUUUACUUUUUGCAUUUUGUUUGUUUUUAACCUUCACCCCUUAAAUCGGAAUACUUCUGACAGUCUUCUUGUAUUAGGGAUAUAUGCUCGAACCAUUUUGUAAACAUUAUCUGACAGCUCAUUAAUCCCAAUGUUUUUGAGUGAGACCUCUCAAUAAGACAUGAUAGCAGUGGGAGGAUAGGUUCUAGUGAUUCUCAUUAAUGUUGGCAAACAAGUUUAAUUGUAGAUGAUCUCUUAUGGGAACAUACCAUUGUGAUGAAAAUACUUUAAAACAUGUAAACAAAAAUGUAACACAAUCACAAAGGCUAAAUAAAUUCAACCAUUUUAUCUAUGCUCAGUGCAUUUUCUUGAGUUGAGGUUCAACUGAUAUGAGACAGAUAAUUUCUGUUAUUUUUCAUGUUAAUAUUAAAAUCCAAAAAAGACAGUCAAAGCCACAAAGCCGUGGUGAAAAAAAUAAAAUAAAAAAAUAAUCACUUACCAAAUCACUUACCAUCCACCAGCAAGCUUGACAAACUUUUGCCAUUUGUAUUAUGCAAAACAUUUUUCCUUCUCUUUUUGAUGAGAAUUUAUGUGCUAUGGAAUAAAUAUGAAAAUGUAAAAGCUAAUAUAAAUCUCACUAUUUUUUUUUUGUUUUGUUUGUGCAAUAUUGUGUAAUUGUUUAGGUAGGGUAAACAGUUCAAUGCAACCACUGGAAAGGCCAGUAUGUUUAUCUCAGUCUGCUAGAGUGGCAGAGGGGUUUAAAAUUCUUGUGGCAAAAUUUACCCGUAAUCCUGGAUUGUCGUUGUGUGUGUCAGCUGCAAAAUUUGGCCAGACAGUGAUAAAAACAAAAUAAUGCUUUGUGAACACAGGUACAUUAAAUGUUAGCCAGUAUAUAAGUAAAUUUGCAAUAUUUGUUUGAGUGUGUCUGUUAAAGAUAUAUAAAGAGCACUCUUUACUAACAGUUUCUUCUCUCACUGGCUGUCUUAGUCCAAAUUUGGAUUACUGACAUAAUCAUCUGUCCAACAUC